AUGCUCCGCCCAACCCUCCGCACCCUCCGCACCCUCAAAACCCUCACCACCACAACCACCACCCGCCUCCACUCCACCACAACCACCACCACCUCCGUCUCCCCCGAUGAACUCAAUCACUUCUCCUCCCUCGCCAGCUCCUGGUGGGAUCCCCAAGGCCCCUCCCGCGUCCUGCACCUCAUGAACCCCGUCCGCCACGACUUCAUCGCCUCCUGCCUCGCCGAAUCCACCCCCACAACCACCACCCCGUCAUCCCCCACAGACCCCAACAAAAGCAACACUCUCCAAUACCUCGACAUCGGCUGCGGCGGCGGUAUCUUCGCCGAGUCACUCGCGCGCACCAUCCCCAACACCUCCACCUCCACGAACCCAGCAUCCCACCCCCCAACCCGCACGCGCGCGGCCUCAAUAACAGCCCUAGACCCCAGCCCAACACUCAUCAAAAUCGCGCGCGACCACGCCCGUCUCGACCCAGCCGUGAACACGCACCUCCAAACGGGGAGAUUCAAAUACGUGAAUUCAACGCUCGAGGAAUACAUCCCUACCCUUACUACCACCACCAGCAGCCCCAACGAGAGCAAAUUCGACGUCGUCACUCUAUUCGAAGUAAUCGAACACAUUGAUAACGUGCCGGGGAGCAUAACGCCGCAGGGGUUCCUCUCGUCGUGUUUGUCGAUGGUGAAGCCGGGGGGUUGGCUAAUUGGGUCUACGAUCGCAAGGACGUUUCCUUCUUGGAUCGUGAAUCAGGUUAUUGCUGAGGCGCCGUGGCCGGUGGGGGUGGUGCCGAGGGGGACGCAUGAGUGGAGUAAGUUUGUGAAUCCGGGGGAGUUGCAGGGGUGGGUGCAGGAGGGGUUGAUGAGGGGGGUGGAUGGGAAGGCGGUUAGAGGGGGUGGGGAGGCGUUGGAGGGGAUGAGUUGGAGGUGUGAAGGGGUGGUGUAUUUUCCGGGGUUGGGGUGGAAGAUUGUGAGGGGGUCGGAGAGUUGGGGGAAUUAUUUUUGGGCGGUUAGGAAAGGGGGUGUUACUGCUGCUGGUGCUACUGCUACUGCUGGUGUUUAGGAGGGGGAAGGUUUGGGGAUGGGGUGUAUAUCAGUGUAUGAUAUGUGUGGUAGUGGUGGUGCAUUAGAUGGUGUUUUUUCAUUAUUAGUUCUGGUUUGUUGCAUUGGUGCUAAGCCUAGCUAUAGUU